AUGGAGAUUUUACAAUUAUUAAUUUUAGCUUCAUCCUAUUUUUUAAUAACAGCUGCUGAUAAUGUUAUAGAAUUAAAUGAUGAUGAUUUCACACACAAAACGGCCGCAUACGAUACGGCUUUGGUAAUGUUUUAUGCACCAUGGUGCGGUCAUUGCAAAAGACUGAAACCCGAAUAUGAAAAAGCUGCUGGCCUUUUGAAAGAUAAUGAUCCUCCAAUUACUCUCGCUAAAAUAGAUUGUACCGAGGCCGGCAAAGAAACGUGCAAUAAGUUUUCCGUGAAUGGCUACCCGACGUUAAAGAUAUUUAGAAGUGGAGAAUUGUCUCAAGAGUACAAUGGCCCGAGAGAAGCCCACGGAAUCGUUAAAUACAUGCAAUCACAAGUUGGUCCAAGUUCUAAAGAGUUAUUAUCUGAAGAAGAUUUAAAUAAUUUAUUAUCUAAAAGUGAAACUGUGGUUGUUGGAUAUUUUGAAAGUGAAUCAUCAACCAAAGAUGUAUUUUUAAAGACUGCUGAUAAAAUGAGAGAAAAAGUCGUUUUUGGUCACACAUCCAAUAAAGAUCUUAUUGAAAAGUCUGGAAUAAAGGAUGGAGUUGUAUUAUAUCGUCCUAAACAUAUGCACAACAAAUUUGAGCCUAAUUUUGUGGAAUACAAGGGUAAAGCAUCAGAGAGCGAUUUGCAAUCUUUCAUAAAAAAGAAUUAUCAUGGGUUGGUGGGACAUCGAAAUCGUGACAAUUUGAACGACUUUCAAAAUCCAUUAGUUGUCGCUUAUUAUGCUGUUGAUUAUAUAAAAAACAUAAAAGGAACUAAUUAUUGGAGGAACAGAAUAUUAAAAGUAGCCCAAAAUUUUAUUGAAGAUUUUUCAUUUGCAGUAAGUGCUAAAGAUGAUUUUCAACAUGAGCUUAAUGAAUUUGGAUUCGAUUAUGUGUCAGGGGAUAAACCUUUGAUUUUUGCUAGAAACAAAAACAAUCAAAAGUUUAACAUGAAAGAUGAAUUUUCUGCGGACAAUUUUGAAAAAUUUUUAAAGGAUUUGAAAAAUGAUCGUUUAGAACCAUUUUUAAAAUCAGAACCUAUUCCGGACGAUAAUUCGGGUCCAGUUAAAGUAGCCGUUGCGAAAAAUUUUGACGAUGUCGUGACAAAUAGUGGACGUGAUUCAUUGAUUGAAUUUUACGCUCCUUGGUGUGGACAUUGCAAAAAAUUGGCUCCCGUUUAUGAGGAACUCGGUGAAACAUUGAAGGAUGAAAAUGUUGAUAUUAUUAAAAUGGAUGCCACCUCUAAUGAUGUUCCAUUCCCAUAUGAUGUUAGAGGAUUUCCAACACUUUAUUGGUCACCAAAAAAUAAAAAAUCUUCACCUGUUCGAUAUGAGGGUGGUCGAGAAUUACAAGAUUUUAUAAAAUAUAUUGCAAAACAUUCGACGGAAACAUUAAAGGGUUACGAUCGAAAUGGAAAGGCCAAAAAAGAAGAAUUGUAA